AGAGUCUCACUCACAAUAACAUUUCUUCUCUGUUUCUAUCUUUUUCCUACUUUUUCGAUCUCUUUUUUUUUUUUUUCUCACUUUCAGACAAAAAUGGGAGGUAGUAAGAUGCCAACAGUUUCUGAAAUUAAUGUGGAAGCUGGGAUGUCUUCUCUAUCUAUAGUCAACACAAUCCCUACUGAAGCACCAAUUGUAUCUUCUUACAAUGACCGGAUCAGGCCGUUACUUGAUACUGUCGAUAGGCUUAGAAACUUGAAUGUGAUGAAAGAAGGGAUCCAGCUUCCCACCAUUGUCGUGGUUGGAGACCAGUCUUCGGGGAAGUCAAGUGUUCUUGAGUCCUUGGCCGGAAUCAGUUUACCUCGUGGGCAAGGAAUAUGCACUAGGGUUCCUCUUGUGAUGAGACUCCAGAGAAGUCUUAGUCCUGAACCUGAGAUCUGGCUUGAGUUCAAUGACAAAAGAGUUGAUACUGACGAGGAGCAUAUAGCUGAAGCUAUUAGCAUCACAACUGAGGCAAUUGCUGGAUCUGGUAAGGGCGUCUCAGAUACUCCCCUGACCCUACAUGUUAAGAAGAAUGGUGUUCCUGAUUUGACAAUGGUUGAUCUCCCCGGUAUAACCCGUGUUCCCGUGAAUAGACAGCCAGAAAACAUCUAUGAACAAAUCUCUGGGAUGAUAAUGAAGUACAUCGAGCCACAAGAAUCCAUCAUCCUCAAUGUCCUGUCAGCUACAGUCGACUUCACCACCUGUGAAUCCAUCCGUAUGUCUCGACAAGUUGACAAAACAGGGGAACGGACUCUAGCUGUCGUGACAAAAGCUGACAUGGCUCCUGAAGGUCUCCUAGAGAAAGUAAUGGCAGACGACGUGAGUAUUGGACUAGGUUACGUCUGUGUAAGGAACCGUAUAGGUGAUGAGACAUAUCAAGAAGCUAGGAUGCAAGAAGAAUUACUUUUCAAAACUCAUCCAUUGCUUUCUAUGAUUGACCAUGACAUUGUAGGUAUCCCGGUUUUAGCUAAGAAAUUGAUGCAGAUCCAGGGAACAAUGAUUGCUCGUUGCUUGCCUGAUAUCGUUCAGAAGAUCAAAGAGAAGAUGGAAGUAAGUUACUUUGAGUUGAAUAAGCUACCAAUGGUAAUGACUUCAAGUCAAGAAGCUUUGAUGACUUUCAUGAAUAUCAUUGGUUCUGCCAAGGAGUGUCUACAAAGGAUUCUUGUACAAGGAGACUUCUGUGACUAUCAAGAUGAUCAAAGCAUGCACUCUACUGCUCGUUUGGCUGACGUGUUGGGCCAAUUCGCAGAAAAUCUACAAGCACAGCCAGUGACAGAGGAGUUCUUGAUGGAUGAAAUCAAAGUACUAGAAGAGUGCAAAUCUAUCGGAUUGCCUAAUUUCAUCCCAAGAUCUGCCUUCUUAGCUAUCCUUUCACAACGUGUUGAUGCAAUUCAUACUAAGCCGGUCGAGUUCAUCAGAGACGUACUGAACUACAUUGAAGGCGUUCUAUUAUCUGUUCUUACCAAAUACUCUGAAAACUUCCCACAGAUUCAAUCUUCACUCAAGAGAGCUGGCCGGAAUCUCAUCACAAAGAUCAAGGAACAAUCUGUGAGCAGAGUAAUCGAAAUCAUCGAGAUGGAGAAACUAACCGACUACACAUGUAACCCUGAGUAUAUGACAGUAUACACCGAGAAGAUUGCUGCGCAAGGAAGCUUCAUCACUGCUGUACUGGACGGUUAUUCCAAAUACUCACUAACUGGAUAUGGUUUUGGGGAGGUUAAGAUUUUGCAUCUUCGGAAGUAUGACGCGCAAUUGCUUAGGCAAGCGUUCGAGAUGAAGAUGAGAAUCACAGCUUACUGGACGAUCGUCUUACGAAGGAUUGUGGACAACCUUGCACUCUACCUUCAGUUCUCUGUGAAGAAUCUAGUGAAUAAUCAAUUUCAGAAAGAGAUUAUCGUAGAAAUGGUGGAUCCAAUAGCUGGCGGAGGAGUUGAGAGGAUGUUGGAGGAGUCGCCGUCGGUGGCAAGCAAGAGAGAGAAGCUUCAGAACAGUAUCAAGCUCUUGAAGGAGUCCAAGGAAGCAGUUGCCGCCAUUGUUGAUCAGAAUUCUGGGUAGAGAUUGUUAAGUGAUUGCUUCUUUUAGCGUUGGUGAAGAGUGUUCGUGUUUUUAGGGUUUUCUAAUGUUUCUUUUUUAAAGCUGGGUCUUUUAUGAUGUCUCUGUUUUACGUGUUGAAUCUGUUUUUUUUUUUGGUACGCUUAACGUUUUUAUGUGGUGUUUCUUGUUUAAUAAAUUUAAUUUUAAAUUAAA